GAUGCCGUAAAGCGACGAAACCGUCGUCAACUAAGCAGUCGUGUUGUAGCUACAAUCUAGCUGAAUAAGUUUUAAUACUCGAAUUCAGACAUUCUUCUGUGGUGAUAAUUUGCUAAAGUUUCAUCCGUUAUUGAAUUUACACCGCUAAUUUUGUAUACUUUUAACCAACGUUUGCUAGCCCACAGUAUGGAUGUUUUACGGCCACCCCUUCUAAACAUAAAUGGGAGAAUAUACCGUAGAAAUAUAAUUAAAGAAGAACAUUAUGAGGAAGAAGAAGAGUUCUCUUACAUGGGAACAACAGAGAGUGAUGAGCUUGCAGAUGAGGAAACCUGUGACACGCAGUUCAUUGAACAAACUGAUAAAGGAUACCGCUGUGCAAUUGAUGUGCCAAGUGUUCUUUACAAAUAUAUCAUAGGCAAAAAAGGAGAAACACGUAAGCGCCUGGAGUUUGAUACGAAGACAUCGAUUAACAUCCCAAAGCAAGGGGUGGAAGGACAGAUUGUCAUCACAGGUUCCAGCAAAGCGGCAGUUUCAUCUGCACUCACGCGAGUCGAAGUCCUUGUCGAGAGUUUCCGGAAGAAGCAGCCCUUCACGCACUUCCUGUCGUUCCCCCUGAACGAUUCGAAAAUCCAAGAAGGAUUCCUCAAAUUUAAAGAUGAGGUGUUGCAGCAGUGUGCGCAGGAUCACGGAGUAGAGGGAAGCAUCUUUCAGAAUCCUGCAAAGCUUCACCUGACCGUCGGCACCAUGGCUCUACUGAAUGACAUGGAAGUGAGAAAAGCAUGUGAACACCUCCAAGAGUGUCAGAACUUCAUCAGGGACAUCACUGAGGGAAAACCUCUGCCCCUGGAGGUGACGGGCGUAGAGUACAUGAACGAUGACCCGGCCAUGGUGGACGUGCUGUACGCCAAAGUCAACGCGAAAGACCGCUCCGACAAGUUGCAGGUGAUUGCGGACCGGCUGGUGGAGCAUUUUGUCUCCGCGGGGCUCAUGGUCAGAGAGUGGGACAGAGUGAAGCUGCACGGCACCGUGAUGAACACUCUUUUCAGAAAGGACUCCACGGGUGAAGACGGGGGCGGAGCAGGAAGACAAACAAGCGAAAGAGAGGCUUUUGAUGCCAGAAACAUACUGAAGAAAUUUGGUGCCUAUUCUUUUGGGGAGUUUGAGCUGAACACGGUCCUGUUGUCCCAGAGAUAUUCUGCAGAUUGCACUGGAUACUACACCUCUGCUGGGAGCAUCAACUUCUCCUGAGCCUCAGCUCACUCUGAGGUCUUUGAUGAACACGGCAGCGGGGUGGAAGGUGUUCACCGACGAAGAAGCUCUCCACUGACAGAUUUGAGCAUGAAUGGAUUUGAAGUGAAAGCGUCUUUUUUUUUUCUUUUUUGACAUGCAUCACCUCAGCAUUCAGCUUCAAUUCGUCUGGAAUAAAGGGACGUGUAACGCAUCCACCCACGGACGUUUGCAAUUAAUGGCUGUGUACCAGGAAUUCCUGCGGCGCCACCUUACAGACUUGUUGCAUCAUGUGACAAUAUGUACAGCUGUGAUAAGCAGGGGGGGCGUGUGUUGUGCAUCCUGAGCAGUUUCUAAAACAGGGGGAAAAAAGAGGGAUGUGUUGUUUACAUUUGCGUACACGGCCAACGUUUCCUGAUAAGAAAGCCUUUUUAAUUUUUGCUGCACGUCUUGUCUGAUGUUAUUCAAAUGAAGCUUUCCCCUCCUCUGCUCCUUUUGUGUAAACUGAUUAUGCUUACUGAAGGAUAGAUAAGCUUUAUCAACAGCUGUGUACUGAGGAAAAGGAGCAACCGAUGGCAUCAGUUAAUCCCUUUACAAUUAAAGGCACUCUUCCGGAACAUAACUCUGAUAUGUAGAUGUUAGUGCGGGAGCUGCUCUCAUGUUUAAAAUGUGCGAGGCUGCGUCAAGGUUUGGCCAAAGGAGCUCAUUCAUCCAGAGUUUGCUAUUGAAAAAUUGUGAAAAUUCAAGGGACUCUUUAAAGAAAACAUGAGAAAAAUCAUUGUGGACACCUUGAAAAUCUGAUAAAAUGAUGCUGCAGGCUGGUUUAUUUUGCUGGAAUUUCAUUAUAACAACUCAGAAUAGUAGCUCCUGGAAAAGUCUGAGGUGCAACCUGAUGCCGUUGAAUGGACUGAAAGUGUACGUUUACAUGCACGUGAAAAAAGCAAAUUAUUGCCUUAAUCCAACUUUAACUGGAUAAUUUAAGUGCACGUGAACACGACUAAAAUCUGAUUAAGACACCCAGAUAAUGCAAUUGGAAAUUGAUUUUCUCUGGUAUGUAUACGCCUUAAUUGGACUUUUAACUGGAUAACGUGUGCGCAUGUUCCACAACCGCUGCGGAAGAAGAAGGCAAACAGAGCCGGUAGAAGAACCACCUGAGGGAUAGUGCAUAUCGUAAGUAGUGCACACGUUACGUACAAGAUUAAAAUUAUUAUCCAUCUGGUUGUUGUUUGAAAUGCC